AUGAACACGGUGGCGGCAAUGAAGCUCUUGGAGACCUCCUUGUUCUCCCUCAUGGAUCAGGAGAACAACCGCCGCAUGGUGCCCCACGAGGACAUCCAGCGGAUCUGGAAGUACGGGGCCCAAAACGAGCCGCUUCCGGGAACAGAAACUGGAAACAUGUCAGCUGUUUACCGCCGCGUUGGCACAAAUGACGAGGAACACGAAGAGCUCUGCCGUGAGUGGUACUACGGUGCAAACAUGCCUCAGAGAUUCAAGAACAUCUGUGAGAAGGGUGGGAGUCGUAACGCCUUUGGCUAUCGCCCCUUGCAGCGCGUCUCAAAGGAGGUUUUGAAGGGCCCACAUGGCCUGGAACGGACGUAUGCCAUCAGCUACUUUUCCGAGACUCAGUACAUUGACUUUGACACACUUUGGGGAUACAUCGUGGCGUUUGGGCGUGGCCUGAUCGAGCUCGGGAUUCCGCCCAACGCCAACGUCGCCAUUUAUGAGGAGACCCGCUGGGAGUGGCUGGCGACCAUCUACGGCAUUUGGUCGCAGGGCAUGGUGGCCUGCACGGCGUACGCCACGCUGGGCGAGGACGCCUUGGCGUACGUGUUUAGAGAGACGGCAAGUGCCGCCGUUAUAUGCAACGCGGCGUCUGUGCCGAGUCUGCUGCGUAUGAUGCGCGAGCAUGUGAUACAGCCGAUUGCCAUUAUUUAUCUGGGGCAGUUGCCGCCAGAUACUGAUACCGGCACUUGCCGCGUGAUCUCCUGGUACCAUGUCGUGGACAACGGCCGCAUUUCAGAGGAGCCCCUGCGAAUACCGACGGACAACGAGAAACUGGCCUUCGUCAUGUACACAAGCGGCACCACGGGGGACCCAAAAGGGGCGAUCCACACACACGGCUCCCUCGUCGCCGGCGUGUUGGCCUGUGCCGACCGUGUGCAAGACCUCAUUGGCCCGUUUCAGACGGGGGAGGCGUACUGCGCCUACCUCCCACUUGCCCACAUCUUUGAGUUUGGCAUCGUCAACAUCUUCCUGGCGCGGGGAUCGUUGGUUGGCUUUGGCACUCCCCGCACUCUGCUCGACACAUACGCCCGCCCGCAUGGAGACUACGUCGAGUACAAACCCGUCUUCAGCAUCGGUGUGCCACGCAUCUUUGACACAAUCAAGAAAACCGUCGAGGGAAAGCUGGCGCCGCGUGGCUCGCUGGAGCGCCACACCUUCGAUCACGCCUUUCAGAGCCGUCUACAUGCGCUGAAGGCCGGAAUGGAGACGCCGUACUGGAAUGAGGUGGUGUUCGGCCCCUUUCGCCCGAUGCUUGGAGGGAAGAUGCGCACCAUGCUGUCAGCUGGCGGCCCCGUCAGCGCCCCCACGCAAACGUUUGUCAACGUCGUCUUUGGGUUGAUGGUUCAGGGAUGGGGCCUCACAGAGACGGUGUGCGUGGGGACAAAGCAGCUCUGCGGCGACAUUGAAACCGUUGUGGCGGGGCAACAGGAGCGCGCUUGCGAGAUGCGUCUUCUUGACGUGGAGGAGUACAGACACACCGACACGCCGGAGCCGCGGGGGGAGAUUCUGCUGCGUGGCCCGUUUCUCUUCAAGGGGUACUACAGGCAGGAGCAACUCACGCGGGAGGCCAUCGACGAGGAGGGGUGGUUCCACACAGGGGACGUGGGCAGCAUCACGGCGAACGGUCGCCUUCGCAUCAUUGGCCGUGUGAAGGCGCUGGCGAAGAAUGUGCUGGGCGAGUACAUCGCGCUGGAGGCGCUGGAGUCGAUGUACGCACACAACGCACUGUGCAUGCCUAAUGGUGUUUGUGUGCUUGUCCAUCCCGCCCGUGCCUACAUUUGCGCGUUGGUGCUGACGGACGAGGCAAAGGCCGUCAGCUUCGCGCGGGAGCAGGGCAUUGAGGGCAGUUAUCCUGAGCUCCUGCGUGACCCGGAGUUUCAGCGCAGGGCCACUGAGUCCAUGCAGGCAACGGCGCGUAAAGUGAAUCGGCAGAAGUUUGAGUGUGUGCGUCACGUCUGUGUCGUUGGUGACGAGUGGACGCCUGAGAAUGGGAUCCUCACCGCGGCCGGAAAGCUGAAGCGCCGCGAAAUUGACAAGCGGUACGCCGACGUCAUUCAGUUGUUGUUUGUGGAGGAGUCUUAG